UCUGCUCUCCCUCCCUACUGUGAAUCUGACAAGCCUGCCUUCCCUGCCUGCCGUCUCUCAACUCCUCUGUUGCUCUGCUCACCAGCCUGUUUACGUCUGCCAGGGACACACACACCUCUCUCCGCUCCAGUCCGGUCUGGCGGUCCACUGUUAACCUCCUUUAGCUGCUACUUGUCUUUGUAUUGGUUUUUGGAAGUGUUGGAUAUUUCCUGGUUUUUGUGAAUGGGCGGCCGAUGCGAGGUGGCUGUGACUGUGAAUGGACUGACUGACUGUCAGCUCUGGGUACACUAUUCUGAAGAGGCAAUGUGACAGGUCUCUGGACACCACUGGUAGACUCUGAAUUAUAAACAAACGGAAAGAAAGGAAUUAAGAAGAUCAGUGAGAGGAGAAGGAGAGUCGAGGAUGGGCCACAGUGAAGAUGACCUGAUUGGGAUUCCGUUCCCCAACCACAGCAGCGAUGUCCUGUGCUGCCUUAACGAACAGCGGCGCGCCGGGUUGCUCUGUGACGUGGUGCUCAUCGUACGCGACCAGGAGUACCAGACCCACCGCUCGGUCCUCGCCGCCUGCAGCCUGUACUUUAAGAAGCUCUUCACCGUGGCCUCGGAGGGAAGGGACAAGCACAGUGUGUAUGAGAUAGACUUCGUGGCCCCGGAGUCACUGACAGCCAUCUUGGAGUUCGCCUACACAUCUACGCUAACGGUGACGGCGUCCAACGUGAAAGAAAUUCUUGGAGCGGCUCAGAUGUUGGAGAUCCCCUGCAUCGUCACCGUCUGUCUGGAGAUUAUGGACUCUGGCAAGGGAGGAGGAGGAGAGGGAGAUGAGGAGGAAAACGAAGAGGAGGAGGAACAGGAGGAGGAGGAGGAGGAAGAGUCGAGGAAGGACGAGCAGGAGGUUCAUGAGGAGGACAACGCCAGUGAGUGGUCAACGAGGUCGUCAGAGAGUCAGGACCAGGCCGAGUCGGAGAGAGGAGCACCACCCAGUACCUCUCAGUACCAGCACCAGUAUGGGCUGCAGAGGAACAGGAAGUGCACAGACAAAGACUCUCAGUGUGAGAAACCCAGCCCGGAGCAUGAGCGCAUGGAGAGCCGAGCCCUCAAGGACUUUUCCAUUGAGUCUCUGCUACAGGAAGGGCUGUACCCUAAACUGCCAUCAGUCCUGGACAGGAGGGACAACUUUUCCCCUCUGCUCCCUGGCUUCUACCCUCCCAUGUGGGCUGCAGAGUUCCCAGGAUUCCCCCCGCAGGUCCUAGACCCCAGCCACCACGCCCAGACCCCGACCCUCCACCGUUCCUCCCACCCUUCUCAACUGGACAACCGACCCUUAGACCUGGCCGUGAAGAGAGAGGUCGUCAAGGACGAGCUGAAGGAGGAAGUCCCUCCCAGCAUGCUCCACAGUGACUUCCUGAAAGACUUAAUGACCUCCGGCCUGGGGGUGGGGGUGGUACGGUCCGAGGGGCCUCACCUCCACCCGGGUCAGAUAAAGCAGGAGGAAGACAUCCGCUCAUACCUGAGCUUCCUGAGUGCAUCAAGCCACCUGGGGGCACUGUUCCCUCCCUGGCAGAUGGAGGAGGAGAGGAAGAUGAAGCCCAAAGCAUCCCAGCAGUGUCCCAUCUGUAACAAGGUGAUCCAGGGGGCGGGGAAACUACCCAGACACAUGAGGACUCACACAGGAGAGAAACCAUACAUGUGCACCAUCUGUGAGGUGCGCUUCACCAGGCAAGACAAGCUGAAGAUCCACAUGCGGAAGCACACAGGAGAGCGGCCCUACGUUUGCCUCCACUGCAACUCUAAGUUUGUCCACAACUACGACCUGAAGAACCACUUGCGUAUCCACACAGGGGUGCGUCCCUACCAGUGUGAGCACUGCUACAAGAGCUUCACACGCUCAGACCACCUGCACCGACACAUCAAGAGGCAGAGCUGCCGCGUCUCACGCCCUCGACGAGGCCGCAAGCCCGCCGCCUGGCGCUCAGCCAACAACUUCCUGCAGGGCCCUCCUGACUCGGCCAAUCACCACGAGGAUGGCAAGGGCGGCUGCCGGCUCCUGCCCUCCUCCCAUCGAGGCGUUAGAGGUCACGGUCUGGGCCUAGGGGAGAGAGAGAGACAGGCCCUGGGUGGUAAGGGCCUGGGCUAUAAGGACUUGGACAGUGACAGCAGAGAGAGCCGGGAGGGCAGGGAGGCCAGAGAGGGCCGGGAGGGCCGGGAGGCUAGAGAGGGCCGGGAGGGCCGGGAAGCUAGAGAGGCCAGAGAGGGCCGGGAGGCUAGAGAGGCUCGGCAUCACCAGUCAGACAGGAAGCAUGUGGUUGACAAGGUGGAGCUGGAGAGACAGAGGGGCAUGUUCACCUUUGCCCUGGCGGGGCCUGGGGGGGAAAUCCUUACCCACCCUCCAUUUUACACCCCGACCCCUGACCCCUGGACCAUUAGACUGGAGAAUCACGCCUCUCCCAUCCCUGAGCUGACCAACUGACACAGAUUAAAGAUGAUAGAACAGAGACAGUGCCAAAUGACACCUGAACAGAGAGAGAGCCGGCCAACUGACACCUGAACAGAGAGCGAGCCGGCCAACUGACACUUGAACAGAGAGAGAGCCGGCCAACUGACACUUGAACAGAGAGAGAGCCGGCCAACUGACACCUGAACAGAGAGAGAGCCGGCCAACUGACACCUGAACAGAGAGAGAGCCGAACUGACAC